UGAUAUCAAUACACAAAGUACAGAUUUCUUCGUUUGCAUAUUACGUAAUCACCAAUUUUCAUGUACCAGAACUGAAAAGAGAGGCUAUAGAUCAGGAGACCCACUAAGAGCGUCGACUUGCUGGAUACUGAAGUGAUAUCUGGCAUUGCAAAGUCUUCCUGAACUCUUCACCAGGCUAACUAUUAUCACUGCAAUAACGUUCAUAUUUCAUGCACAAUUGCCAUGUAUCACGUAAAGCCUACUCCCGAAAGGCAGACAGUGAAGUAUGAAUGUUGUGAUUGUGGAGCCCAACUUACGCGGCAUGAGAACUUAAAGAGGCAUCUGAUUAAAGUUCACCACAUUGCUGUAUCAAAGCAAGUUGCAGAAAAGCUUGCCUUUUGCAGAGAAGUGGUCGUGAAGAAAGCAGCAAUAGAUGCUCCAACAUUCGAAAGUGAAGUAGCAGCUCGGCCUGUUCCCAAUAUGUUACCUGGUGGAACAAUCACUAAUCAAGGUGCUGAACAGAAUCCACUAGAGUAUGGUAAUAAUGCUAAACCAAUAGCAAUUUCGUCAUCUGCAACCGUAAGGAAAGAUGCUCAAAGUAUGGCAGCGGAGAGGUCUUGUCUAAUUUGCGGAAUGGCAUUUAUGAAAAAGGUUAGGCUGUAUGAGCAUAUCAAAAAUGCACAUAAGGGUCAAGUAUUGAAGCAGGUUUGCUGUCAAUGUGGAGCUGAACUCAGUAAAAGAGAUCACUUGAAGAGGCACAUUGUUUUAGUGCAUUGCAUUACCGACCUGAAUCAAGUUGCAGAUAUGAUGGCUGCAAGCAGGGUUACAGUAAAGGAGGAUACUGGUACCGAUAGUAGGAGUUUGUCAAACACUGCGGUGAAGAAGAAGCGCGUACGGCCCGAAUCUCAGAAUUUAUGUAAUAUUUGUCAACAAAUGUUUGCUAAUAGGCAUGAAUUAAAGGAUCACAGAUUAGCUGUUCACAGUGGAAACAAACCUAAACAUGUAUGUUGUGAUUGCGGAGCCCAUCUUAGUAGAUCUGAUCAUCUAAAGCGGCAUUUGGUUCGAGUUCAUCACAUAACAGCAUCAAAGGAAAUUGCUGAAAAAAUGGCUUCUUGCACAGUGGAGGCACCUAGAACAUCUGUACUGGGCGAAGCUGAAGCAUCUGCAUGCUCAUCUGGCAAUGACCCAACUCUUGUCAAACCAAUGGGAACACCUGAUAAAAUAUGUCUGAUUUGCAAAGAGUCCUUUCCAACAGGAAAAUAUCUGGAUGGCCACAUGGGAGCAGCACACAGACACCAGACCAUCGAGCAUGUGUGUUGUGACUGCGGAGCACAAUUCAACAUGCAAGGCCACCUGAGGAGACAUCUGAUUGAUGUUCAUUGUGUCACAGAUUCUACGGUUCUUCUACAAAAACUGGCAACUUGUACAUUUGUUGUCGUUGCAAAGAAACCUGAUCAGUUUUAUGGAGGCGAGAGGCCUGUGUACACCUGCGGUAGUAGAAACGAGGGUUAUGGAGCUGCAUGUAACAAUAGUGACACAGGUGACGAUCCGUCAUCUAGUGAUACCGAGAUUUAUUAAUUGGCUUAUUACGUUAGACAGAUGGAUGCUAUAUAAAUUUGAAUUAAAAUUUAUUUGCAGCUGUAUCCUACUAUAUGCCCCCAUAGGUGCAUAUUUAUGUAGUCACAUUAUCCUCCAUAUUAUACAUCUGAUAAGUGUUUUGUAAUAAGUGUUUACUUACUACUAGAAUAUCAUUGGCCCUUGUCCUAUUUCUGGGGCUGUUUGAUGUUGGUAACACUACAACUGCAUGUUCUUGAGUGCUAAUGUCGUAUAUCAUUAGUUUUUAGUAGUUGUUUUAAAGAAUGUACAUGGAAAAAAAAUUGUAUUACUUAUUUUGCAUUUAAUGAAAUUUUAAUAAGUUGAAUACAUUGCUUCUCUUUUGGUGUACAGUAAAUAACAGUAGUACAUUUUUGUGAGGAUUUGUGCAGAAGAUGAUGUUUAUAAUGCUGCAAGAUCGUACUGAAAACCCAGCUACAAAGGAGGAGGGGCUGUUAAUUUAGGCAAGAAAUUAUUGUUCCUUGUUGAGUGUAGGUGUGAUGUGUUGUGAUUAGACAAGUCUUCAUAGGGUGUAUUUACGGAUUUGCCACUAAUGAAACAAUUCUAUUUACAUGUAUUUAUUAAUUUCAAAAUGCUUGGUUAGGAUUAAUGUAUUUUGUUCGUACGUUUGGGCCAAAUGCCACAGCUGUGUUUGUUCAUGAAUCAUAGUAGGUAAUUCAAAAGUUCUGAAGAAUUUGGUUGAAAUGUAGAUGGCAGAGUUGUCAAGUUUCAGUUGUUCAAAUGCCUGAGAUUUGUUGAUGAUCUAAGCUCGGGGCUGACGAGUAAAGCUCAGCAUAUAUGCUACUUGUCGGCGCUCAAGCACCUCUAUAACUGGUUUGCAAAUCCAGACGUAAAAGGUGCGAUGUGGUGCAUGCUUGAUCAUUUAAAACCAUUAUCAAUCGUCUGAUGUCAUCAGAUGAGUACGUGCAUGUGUGGAAUAUAAUCUUGAACAGAGGUCUGUGACACGUCGUGUGCUAUUCUAACGAGAAUCUGUGUCCAAUGUUAAAAUUUGAGAUGUCUUCCAUGAAUUAUCAAAGAUCGUAAACAGUAACAGUCCUGUUGGAAUGACUUGGAAAUAAAUUUUCCACAAACUUGGUGUUAUUGAAAUGCAUAGAGCAAAUGUGCAUUAAAUAUGUUAUACAGCAAAACCCUUUUGUCAAAUGAACGGAUUUAGCGGGCGUAAUUGAAACGUAGACCAUGAAAUAUAAAAACUGGGACAUGGAAAAUUUUAACUAUUUUAUGAUUAAUGUUGUAUUAUAGGUAGUGUCACUGUAUAUCAUAUUAAUCACUGCUAACGUCGUGAUCGUCAUAAGGCCUUGUAUUUUUGGUAAUUUGGUAUACAAGCUGAGCAAAAUUGAAACAAAAAUUAACAAAAUAUUUUUAUUUCAACUACUGGCAAUAUUGAAAACAAAAUAUUGUAAACCAGGUGACAAAAAUAAAAGGCCUGACAGUAUUAUUAUUGCCAGAAACAUAAACACUGUAUACCCAGCUAUGUUAUUGGAAAUAGUGGUAGUAAUCAUGGUGUAGCUAAGUAUGUAUGUGUCCGUGUGUGUGCGUAUCGUAACAGCAGUUUUAGAUGUGCUAUCCAACAGCACUAAAAGUUAUACUCGUGGUAGUAAUACUGUAUACUAGGAGUAGCAGUACUAUAUAUCCGUCUUUGUUAUACAUUAUGAUGGUGGUAGAAUAUAGAAUACUAAGUAGUUACGGCAGCAGCAGCUUUGGUAGUUCUAAAAUCUAUUCUUACAUGAUUGUUGUGGUAUGUGUUCUUCAGCAGUGCUCGCAUGGCUUAGCGAAAUUUACGUGCUUUCCAAAAGUUAUAAACGCAUAUAUAUCCAAUGAGAAGUCUAUAGGUGUAAUUUAUACUACUAUUGGUAUGUUGUACUGUACUGUUGCUGUUUUUACGUUUGGCUCAUUUCCUUCUCACCACGUGUGACAAAUUUGGUUCGUCUUGGCAACACAAAUAGGCUUAAUGCAUGAAAUUGUUCUUGUGGAAAUACAAUGUCAAUGAUGACCAUGUAUUGCAAGAGAAGAUAUGAGUGCAAACCACAGGCACUUAAAGUAUUUCAGAAUAAAAUAAUAAUAAUAUUAGUACGAUAUAAAGUGACAUUGUGUUUUUAUGGACUUAUUAAUUCUUUGGAUUCACUGCAUUUGCUGGAAAUGCAUAAGUACUUGUAAUUCUGUGUUGGGCGCUCGUCAAAUCCUGAACAUUUUAUCUCUGCUUGUAGCAUCUGUUUCUGUUUUAGUUAUCCAUCGACCACGGUAUGCGGAAGGUUUAUAAUAUUUUUUGUGAAAAUAAAGCGUUGACCAUGUAUGGCUAGUGCAGAAAA